AUGUCGACACGUCGUUACAAACUGACUUACUUUCCUGUCCGAGCAAGAGCUGAACCAAUACGUAUUAUACUAACAUUGGCAGGGGCUGACUGGGAAGAUAAAAGAGAUAUGACUGAUGAUGAUUUAGCUGUCUUAAACCAACGUAUGUAUUGUAUCAGAUCAAAAUGCAUUACAAGUACUGCCUAAAAGGCAGAAGCAGUCAUGCGAAUUAUUAUAGAUUCAUAAUUAUGCUGGAUAUUCGGUUACAGUUACUCUUGUGUAUUUUUCGUUGCGUGACUAUGGACGAAAGGUUGUCUUGGACAUAUUGAUUCUAUCUGUUCUAAGGUUGGUGCCGGUAUUGGUGCAAUGAGACGCGUUAAACCUUUUGUACCACUGUCGACAACCAAAAUGUUAUAUAAUGCUAUUAUAUACAGCCUAGUUUCGAUUAUUGCAGCCCGUUAUGGGAUAAUUGCGGAAUUGGGCUCAAAGAUAUAGGUUGCAAAAAUACCAAAAUCGUGCUGCAAGAGUAAUUACGAUAUUCGGUCAUCUGAGUUACUCGAUAAUCUAAAUUGGAAACCUUUCGAAGAAAGACGAAAUUAUCUUAACUCUUUACCAACCCAGCCCAAAUCAUUCAUCCGCGAGAGGAUGAAUGUUUGGAUGUUCAUAUCGUCGGUUCGGUGCAUGCUAUGAAGACAGAAAUACCACCAUUCGAUUCAGAAAUAAAAGAUUCAACUAAUUCGUCACUAUAGCUAUAGCCAUUAUCAAUUUUGUAGCGAUUUAUGAAUUAUGGGCCUUUGAAGUCAAACACGAUCAUAUUGUAUCAAAUUACGCAAUUGUCUGAACAAAAAUAUAAACUUAGCCAUACCUUUCGCUGAAAAUAACUUCUGCCCUGCCGAACAUAUUGUCUUUGUAAUAGUCUUGUUCGAAUCCCCAUCAAAAACACUAUUUAGAGUGUUAUUUGCAAGCCUGUAUAUUCAAAUCUGUAUAUUUUAUCAAUAUAUUUCCAUUUCUUGUCCGACUGUGAGCUCGAAGUGAGUUAAUCCCAACCGGAAGUACGACUGAAAACCGUCAAAACAAUGCGACGUUUGUAUCGUAUGACCUUGCAAAUGCCAGAAAUGAUUCUACAGGUCAAAUUGCCCCUACACGCGUGAGUUUGACGUCAUCCCGGCUACAGGAGCUUCUUAUUGGCCAAUUAUUGCGCAAUGUACGCAAGUGCGAGUAAAACCCGCAUCUUGAAAAUUCAAUAAAUAUUUCUACUCGCCGUAUUCAAACGAAAUUUUGUACACGAAAGUGCUUGAAUACAAAGAGUAUUUUACACAUAUAGCCGCUCAGACAUGACGAAAAGUUCAAGAGAUAUUCAAGAUUAUCUGGAUAUGAAAUUCAGAAUCUUUGGCCAAGCGGUGAGUAAAUAUAUGAUUGUUUCGGUUUGUGUAAUGUUUUGACGGCACUUGACCCCCCGUUCGAAAGAUUAUUUUGUAAGGGUUUCAAUGGUGGCUUUUAUUUAAAAGGGGGGUAAAUAUUCGCCGAGAUAUUUACAAUAGAAAAAUUAAGUCGUAAUGUAAUGCGAAACCAUACGGUCGGCAAAGAGUUGUUAAAGUGGAAGUCAAGUCCGUAUGUAAACAAACGGUUUGUUUACAUUUUGAACUGCUGUAUUUUUUUUAAAUAUGAUGUACUGUCUGAAUAUCUAACACUAUUUUGGUUCGCUAUGCUUCUAAAUGAAUAUGAAAUAGAGUUUAUGUUCAGAAAAAUUCGAAACAUUCGAAAUUUGGGCAAUGUUUACAUCAGAGGGUCCUCACAUUGUUAUGAGCAGAACCGAUGCGCAGAACGGACUUGACUUCCACUUUAAAUUUAUUUUCAUCUAUAAAAUUCUGAAUGGCCACACCGCAUCCAGUCUUAAAGAAGCAUUUCAAAUUAAUAAUGAAAGACAUAAUACAUACAAUCUUAGAAAUAUAGGGACCGGAUACUAAUUUAGCACCAUGCACCUAUGCCGAAAAAAAAUUCGUUAUAUGUAUAUAUGUAUAAAAAAUUAUAUAUGUAUAUAUAUAUAUAUAUAUAUAUAUAUAUAUAUAUAUAUAUAUAUAUAUAUAUAUAUAUAUAUAUAUAUAUAUAUAUAUAUAUAUGUAUAUAUAUAUAUAUAUAUAUAUAUAUAUAUAUAUAUAUAUCGUAAACAUCGUUCUGUUUUAGAUAGUGAUGAACAGGCUAAAAACAUUCUACCGGAGAGUGCCAUUCUUGUUUCGUAUAAGCGUAAUGCUAAUUUGAAGGAGUUAUUAGCACCAUAUAACCCAUAUAAGCCCAAUAAACUGGAAGGUCAAGGCUGCUACAAAUAUGAUGCCAAUUGCCAAGCGCUGUGA